AUGGUCUCUUCGGCCCGCUUGAACUUUUCGGUAUGUCUUCACAAAAGUAAAAUCCUGCUUUAUUCUAUUCGCCUUCCAUCUUUCUUGAAAAUUCAGUCCUAUGCAAUUAAAACCCCAUUGCUAGUCACUAAUCGCUUGUCACAGAUUUUUCAUAAUGUCAUUAAUAGCGAAUUGACAUCCACUGCUCAAACCCGACAUGCAAUCAACCCAGCCAACAAGCAACCCAACCCUCCCGUCCCUUUAUCGGCUGAAAACGAGCUGAACAGUGCGGUGAAUGCUGCCCAGAGGGCAUUUCGCCUCUGGGCGCAAUUCCCCAUAGAACAGCGGCGGGUCGCUCUCUUCGCAUGGGCGGACGCUCUUGAUUCAGAGAAGGAUGGAUUUACCAACCUACUGACACAAGAGCAAGGCAAGCCUCUGUCGCAGGCCUUGGUUGAAGUCAACACUGCUGUCACUUGGAUCAAGGGGUUGGCUACACUUGAUCUCCCUGAAAUAACCCUCGAAGACAGCAAGAAAUGCAAAAUCAUCCAACGGUUUGUUCCGCUCGGGGUGGCUUGUGCUAUUGUUCCCUGGAAUUUUCCUAUUCUUCUGGCGGUAGGGAAGAUCACCUCUGCUUUGAUCACGGGCAACAGCAUUAUCGUCAAGCCGUCCCCCUUUACCCCAUAUUCUGCCCUAAAGCUCGCUGAAUUGGCCAUUCCAUUCUUCCCUGCGGGCCUGUUUCAGGCCUUGAGUGGCGAUGAGACGCUAGGACCACUUAUGACGGCCCACUCAGGCAUACAAAAGAUCAGUUUCACUGGUUCCACCGCGACUGGCAAGAAGGUCGCGGCCAGUUGCGCCAAAUUUCUCAAGCACUAUACCUUGGAAUUGGGUGGUAAUGAUCCCGCUAUCAUAUGUGAGGAUGUGGAUAUUGAGGAUGUGGUUCAAAAGGUCGGCAUCCUCUCUUUCUUGUGCUCGGGUCAAGUCUGCAUGAUGAUAAAACGCAUCUAUGUGCACGAAAGCAUCUAUAACACAUUCCGUGACAAGCUCGUUGCUUUCGUCGAGACCCUGGUUCUUGGCGAAGGCACCAAGCCGGAUGUAUUUGUUGGCCCUGUUCAAAAUGAGAUGCAAUUCAACAAAGCGAAAGGCCUUUUCGCCUCCAUCCAAAGCGAAGGGCUCAUUCCUGCUCUAGGCGGAACCAUUGAAGACUCGGCCGGGUACUUUAUCGACCCUACUAUCAUCGAUAAUCCGCCUGAGAACUCACGUGUAGUGACGGAAGAACCAUUUGCUCCCAUUGUUCCGUUAAUGAAAUGGAGUGAUGAAAACGAUGUGAUCUUUAAUGCAAACAAUGGGCCCAUGGGUCUUGGAUCAUCGGUAUGGAGCAAGGACCUGGAGCGGGCGCAUCGCAUUGGGCGCCAGAUGAGAAGCGGCAGCGUAUGGAUAAAUUCACACUUUGAUGUCGCUCCACACGUUCCUUUUGGAGGUCACAAGGAGAGUGGGAUCGGUGUUGAGUUGGGGCUCGAGGGGCUCAAGGGCUUUUGUAAUUCUCAGACUCUCUGGUUCAAUAAGUAG